AGGGGGCUGUUUUGCGCAAAGGUCUAUUUUGAGACUCGUUGUGAUUUUUACUUCCAUAUAUUAUUAUAGUAUUGAAAUGUGAUUUUUAAAAUUAUUAUUCGGUUUAAGUGAAGGGUUCUCCAUCUGAUUUACGGUGUAUUUGACCGAGAGGACCAAACACAAAAAUAGCCUAUACGUUGAAUCGGUUCGUUGGGAAUGAAUGAACAGAUUAUCGCAUUUGUUGAGGAAUUGUAUACAUUGCGAGUAGUAUAGGCUCGUUUAUGUUUUAGUCUAACACGAUGAUCAGUAGGCCUAGGCUAAAUUUACCCUGAUAAAAUGUAGGAUACUGUUCUACAGGUAGGCUUUGUAUCUUAAAAUGCCGAAUAUAACGGAAAACGUCAAUACAGUCCUUGAUAUUAUUACGUAGGUAGGGUUUGCCAGCAUUAUUAUGUUAGUGGGAGCUCCAGGACCUUGGACAGCGAAAAACAUUCUGGCCAUCCUGAUAUUACAUUAUACCUUGACGUAAAUAAGCAUAGGAAGGACAGGGGAAAUUCAUCACAAGGCACAUAGUGAUGGAUUUCAUGCACUGAUUCAAUUCAAUGGAAGAUACUCUCCAUACACUUUGACGAAUCCUGUGAGCUCUUCUUCCUGUCACAGUCUUGUGGCUUGUUGUUCACUCCACUGUCACCUUCAAGUCUUAACACAACAUGGGCACUGUGCUAUCCCUGUCCCCCAGUUAUCGCAAGGCCGCCCUGUUUGAGGAUGGCCCUGCAACUGUGGGGCCCUACACAGCUGUUCAGAACAGCAAAAAUGCCAAGGACAAGCCCCUGAAGCGCCAGUCGCUCAUAAACAUCCUGCCAUGGAAGCGAAUUGUGGUGGUCUCCGCCAAGAGGAAAGGCUCCAAGAAGCUGCCCUCGGGAGACAGCCAGGAGGAGGGCAGUGUGGGCCACCUCAACAGCCAAAACCUGAAAAAGUCUCAGUCCUGUGCCAACCUGUCCAGCUUUGCCCAGGACACCACUGUCGCUGCUGCUGCUGCCGCCGCUGCCGCCAUCCCCACCUCCAAAACCACCUCCAACAUGGUGGCCACCGCCAAAAGGACCUCGCUGACCGGCUCUGUCACGGGCCAGUCCGCCAACGCGGGCACGCCCAAGCGGGUCAUCGUCCAGGCGUCCACCAGCGAGCUCCUGCGGAGCCUGGGCGAGUUCCUGUGCCGCCGCUGCUACCGGCUGAAGCGCCUGUCCCCGGCGGACCCGGUGCUGUGGUUGCGCAGUGUGGACCGGUCGCUACUGCUGCAGGGCUGGCAGGACCAGGGCUUCAUCACGCCGGCCAACGUCGUCUUCCUCUACAUGCUGUGCCGGGACGUGAUCUCGGCUGAGGUGGCCAGCGAGCGCGAGCUUCAGGCCUCGUUGCUCACCUGUCUCUACCUGUCCUACUCUUACAUGGGCAACGAGAUCUCCUACCCACUCAAGCCCUUCCUGGUGGAGGCCGAGAAGGAGGCCUUCUGGGACCGCUGUCUGGAGAUCAUCAACCGCAUGAGCACCAAGAUGCUCCAGCUCAACUCGGACCCGCACUACUUCACGCAGGUCUUCGCCGAUCUCAAGAACGAGAGCCAGAAGGAGAAGCAGGACCACCGGUUGCUGAUUGGCCUGGAUCGAUAAAAAAAAAAAAAAAUCUAAAUAGAAAACGAGAAACAAGAAAAACAACAGAGACCAAAUGGGGAAUGGGGAGGAUAAUUAAAAAGAGGGAGGAGUUGAAAUGAUGCUGUAUAUGGGGGCUCAAAAUCUAUAUUUUUUAUUUCUGAUUGGCUGGUGGGCAUGCGUCUCUGGGACUGGGGAGAGGACAAUGUAGAACAUGCCACUGAAUUGCAGAAGAUGAAAGAAAGAGAACUGCAUUCAUUUCAAGAAAGGUGAGGAACAUCAACAAUGCUGGUAAAAUAAUACACUCACAGUCUUUCCUCUCUCCCCCCCUCCCUCCCAAAAUUCUCUAAAAUGUCCAUUGGUAAGCUGGGCGUUCAGUAUCAUGUCAUAACAAACUAAACAAGAAGUAUCUCCCCUGGAAACUAAAUAAUUUUCUCACUAAUCAAAUUAGACAAUUACAGAGGGAAAGAUGGGGUGAAAUCAGUGCCAAGUUUGCACAUUCUUGGCUUGCUAGACUUAACCAAUCCUCUGGCUGCUUCAAAAUGGAGGACAAUGUGGAGGAGUGGAUACAGCCACAGCCCCAGCUGCAACCACCAAAAGGACUUUGAAGUCGCCGGUGGUUUAAAUAUCAGGAAAUCCCAGUCGGCUUUUGGCAUGGACCAGACGCACACCCUUUGCCAGUCCUAAAGUGAUCCUUCCACAGCCCGAUUAAGUCUUUUCUUCUCUGUGUGACACAGAUUCCCCUCCCAGUCACACGCAUUUGUGCCAAUUUUCAUCCCGAAACCCAGGAUGGAGAAGCGUCUCUGGGACUUGGUAUGACCUACCAGCAAUACUGUUGACAUUGUUAGUUACUAUGUCUAUUUACAGUGAAAUAAUAAAAAAAAAGAAUCUCUAUAUAAAUAUGGCUAAAUGUCACUGGGAAGACGAUACAGUGUUUCUUAUUAUUUUAAAGGUACAUGCCAUCAUUCAGCACUUUUUUGAAGCAUUCGUGGAGCUAUUGAGCCAGGAGACAUCAUAGUGAUUACAUAGUAUGGUAUGUUAAGCUGAAUGGACAGAAGGGGGCAAGAGCCAUCGAUAUGGUCUGAGCAUUGUAGUCAGAAGGACACAACCCAACACCCCCACCUCUUCCCUCUUCAGUUCGCCCUGUUGUCCCGUAUCAGAAAGAUUGUGGAGUCACGAAAUUGCGCAAGCAAAGGGAGCUGGACACGAAAUUAUGGAAGUUGGAGCUGGACACAAAUGGUGUACAAGCAAGGAUCAAAACACCAUUCUUCCAUAACCUUUUAACUUGUAGACCUACGUACCUUUUCACUUCAUGAAGAAUAAAUGAGAAAAGAUCAUCUGAUCUCCAUCAUGGAGGCACAACCCCACUGUAGGGAGUUUUAUUUAUAAUCUUGAUUUCUUCUUCUUCUUCUUCUUCUUCUUCUUCUUCUUCUUCUUCUUCUCUCUUUUCAUCUUCUUCUUCCUCCUCUUUUUUUCUCAAAUGAAUUGUCUGUCUGUGUGUGUGUGUGUGUGUGCAUAUACGGGUGUUCCUUGCAUGCUUCUCUUUGCUUACACACACACAUAUGGUCACUCUCUCAUUCAUGCCCUGAUGCCCUGACUGUUUAUUUUAAAAAAAUGUGCCAUAUCAUACUGAAAGUGUUUUGAUGCCAAAGGUUAAGAUUUUUUUCCCUUUCAAUCUUUCUUUUUGCGAAGCAAAACAAUCACAAGCCAACAAAUACAAUUCCCUGAGAUCCAGACAGCCUCUGAAAUUUCACAUAUCAGAGCUCAGUGUUAUGUCACAAUCUAGAAACAGUUUGGCACUGGGAAUAUGGAAAAUAUAGGUGCCAUUUAAAAAAAACAUUGUUUGAUAGAGAAUAAUUUUCCUUCAUUUGUCCUGAUUUCAAUUAUGUAGAAGUCAACUGACAAGGGAUACUGGUGUUUUAUGUAGCUUUUAAAUAUGAUUGAUUCAGGAUUCAAACAGUACUUUCCAUGUCCUGUAUUUUUGAUUGGCAGAGACAAGGUUGCUCAAGAUGUAAAUGAAACAAAAGGAGCUGCAAUGCGCUUGUCAUAUGAAGCGCCAAUAAAUUCAACAAAAGAUAAAGGGUCUAUGAGGAUUGUAAUAGAGGCUACAGAUUCAUUUAAAAAAAUCUACUUUUCUUACUUGUGCUGUUUUCUUCUCUAAGCUAGAUCAAACAGCUUUCUCCUUCUCUUUCAUGCUCCCCAUGCAAAUGAGGUGAACUGAUCAGGAGAACUUUGAAGAUGAUGAAGAUUUGUGAAGAUCAGGUGUUCAGUUCCAUUAAGAUGGAAUGAAUUCUUGACAUAAAAGGAGAAAUUGCAGAACAGGAUGAAAUCCUCAACUGAGUUCUAGACAAAGUGCCGAAUGUAAUUAAUGAGCCAAGUAACAAAUAUGUUCAAUGGAUUAUUAUUAUUAUUAUUGUUGUUAUUAUUAUUAUUAUAAUUAUUAUUAUUGCUAAAACCCAGGGAUGACUGUUCACUCUAUCACUGGGUAAUGGGUGUUUAUUCAGAGGCUUUUGGGAAUGGAAUUCAUUUUGUAUUCUCAUUCUGACACCUUAUUCAUUAUUAUGUGCCAUUUUCGAUCAUAACACUUAAUGUUUGAUGUAACAAACAGUAAGAAAAAAAAAUGUAUAGUAGCAAAGGACUUGUAAAUUUAGUUAUCUUCUUUUUUUCCCUUUGUGUACUGCGUUGUAUGGUUAUUAUGAUUAUUUUCGUUGCACAAAGCAGAGGAAAGCAAACUAACAAACAAACAAACAAAAAAAACGUAUGAAAGCUGUGUUGUUAGACUAUACAAGAAAGCAAUCUGUGAAUCUGUGUGGAUGUUUAUGAAAGCUGUGUUGUUAGACUAUACAAGAAAGCAAUCUGUGAAUCUGUGUGGAUGUGUAUGAACGUGUAAAAGUUUGUCUGAGUC